AUGAUUCAUCAAAUACUGGACACUAUCGUCGUUCACUCAGCAGAAGACUUGGCGGUACUGGGUCGGGGUCUAGAGACUGUAGAGCUGCCGUGUCUGCAGCCUUUUCUACGUUUAUUCCUCGCUAUCCCACUCGAUUGGCGAGAAGUGUUAGUCCCGCUAGUCGAAGAGAUGCCUGGAGAGGAGGCACAGCCACUUUACGACACGCUACUUCACCUGCAAGCCACGUGUGAAGACAAAGUCACGACGGUUCUUCAAAUGCUCGGAGCUCUCCAUAAGAAAGACAAGACGAUACUUUGUCGAGAUAUCCUUAGCCAUCACGAAGCUCAGCUCGAAGGGCACUCUUCGUCCAUCGGAAUCCACGCCAAAGUUCUGCUGUAUCUCUGCGAAUGCGACCUCGCUCGUCAUAAAUCGCGUUAA